AUGGCAUCUUCAAACUCGGUCCAUGCCUCAGUUGCGGACGUUCGCAACGUACGUGUACUUGCUGCACGCCAUGCUAGACCAUACCGCUAUCGACUAUCGAACACUACCUGUUGGUUCCAUAUGGUUCUGUAUGAGGCAUCACCAGAAGCUUCCCUACCUUGCGAGUUGAGGUGGUUCUGCGACGUCAACUUCACGCGGCCUCCGAAAUCCGUUCUCAUUGUCAAUAAACAUCGAACAAAAGUCAUCGUAGAUGCCAUCGAGACGCUACUGUCCUAUCUCCGAGAAAAGUACCCUGACGUACGCAUCUUCCAUGAGGACCGACCGGACAUGCCCGGAGGCGUAGAAAAGUGGCAUCCAGGUACCGACGCCGAGAAAAUUGACCUUGUCAUAACGCUUGGAGGCGAUGGCACAAUACUCCAUGCCUCAUCGCUGUUCAAAGUAGGCGCGGUGCCACCUGUAUUGAGCUUCUCCAUGGGAACCCUCGGAUUCCUUCUCCCGUUCCAUAUCGACGAUUAUGCCAAGGCUAUCGACAGCGCCUUCGAAGGACGCGCCACCGUGUUGCACCGGAUGAGGCUGUCCUGUAAAUUCCAGAAUGCUGAUGGCGAGCACGUGAAUGCACACUGCGAAGACUGGCAGGUCAUGAAUGAAGUCGCGCUUCACCGCGGCUCGAGUCCGCAUCUGAUCACGAUCGAUAUUUUUGUUGAUGGACAGCAUCUGACCGAGGCUGUUUCGGAUGGGCUGAUUGUUUCGACACCAACUGGAUCAACGGCAUACUCGCUCUCUGCUGGUGGACCCAUCGUCCACCCAUCUCUCAGUGCCCUCGUCCUCACUCCGAUAUGCCCGCGCAGCUUGUCCUUCCGCCCUCUCGUAUUCCCAUCUUCAUCGUCGCUCACGCUGAAGGUCAGUGAGCGCAGCCGUGCAUCGGCAGGGCUCUCCAUGGAUGGCCAGGUCUCGCACGUCCUAGGUCCCGGCGAGGCGGUCACAGUUCAUGCAUCAUUGCAUCCGAUUCCCUGCAUCAACCGCUCGUCCAUUGCCGAGCCACUCGACAUGCUUGAAGGCGAGGGGGCCGGCCCUGGGAAAGAGGACGACUGGGUCAGGGAUAUCAACAACCUGUUGCAGUACAAUGCUACGUUUAGGAGCAAGGCGCUGCUGAGACAUAGCAGAGCAUAG